AAACAUAGAAACCUACGAUCAGCUACUUAUUGUUUUCUUUUUUUCUUCUUUCUUUUUCUAGAUCAAGAACGUAUUAUUAUGGAUUUACCGGAGAACUGGGUUAUUCGCCACUCGCGUACAUACAACAAAGACUACUAUUUCAACACAGUGACAAAAGAAUCCCGCUGGGAUGCACCUGCUGUUGCAGGAGAAAUUGAGCGAGUCAGAGCAAGCCACUUGCUUGUGAAAAGCAAAGAGUCUCGUCGACCUAGUUCAUGGAGAGAAGAACACAUCACUCGCACAAAAGAAGAAGCAUUGGAGAUCUUGAAGGAAUACCAGCACAAGAUUGAGUCAGGUCAAGAAACAUUGUCAGCAUUGGCUACUCAUUUCUCAGACUGUUCUAGUGCAAAGCGUGGUGGUGAUCUAGGUUAUUUUGAGCGUGGUCAAAUGCAGAAGCCUUUUGAAGAUGCUACUUUUGGACUUCAAGUAGGCGAAUUAAGUAAGCCUGUCUGGACUGAUAGUGGUGUCCAUUUGAUCUUGAGAACUGCUUAGAUUGGUGCUAUGGUUCGGGCGGGAAAUCGAUUUCCCUUAAUCUCCUGGUGUGCUAUCAAAUGAAAUUUUUUUUAUAAAAAGGGUCUGUUUUUUGGUUUUGUUUUAUUGAGUUUUUAUUUAUUUAUUUACUUAAUUUGCAUAUCAUGACAACACAAUUAGAAAAUAAUAAACCGAUAGCUUCAAAAGACCCUGAAUUAGCUGUAUCGGAUACACAAGAAAUAAGAGAACAAGAACCAAAAGAACCUUAUACUAUUUUUACUAUACCACAACAAAUCAGGAUUUUAUCUAUUACUGCAUUUACAGCCAUGAUUUCUCCUCUUACCGCUAGUAUAUAUCUGCCAAGUUUGAUUCAGAUUCAAGAGGUAGUUAUCGAUCAUGGAAUGAUAUCCUCAUGUUCAAUAGGACCUCAAAACAAAUUUUGGGGAACCAUAGCCGAUA